GGGGAGACUAGGGCUUAUACCAGCCCAGAUCCAGGCAAAAAUGGCAGGGAGGGCGAGGCGCUCUGCUAACACUAUCAAUUAUGCAUUGUGUUGAACGUGGCUUCGGGGAGGAGGAGGCUAGCAGCAGGGGGUGCGGGAAGGAUGGGUCCGCGCGAGCUCGGCUGCGCGCAGCUCAGCGGGUCCCGCUGGAGGUCUCUUGGUGCCACCGCCUGCAUUUGCAAAAAGAGUUUAAAGGCAAAGACACGCCUACCCCCCCACUUCAGCUGCGCGCCUUUCCUUCCCCCAAAUUCCUCAAAGAUGGUUUGUCUCACGUGUUGCAGGGCGUGAAAGCCGCUUGCAUUCAAUUAGCAGCGAAGCUCGCGGGCACUGGCGGGACAGGCGCGUGAGGCCACAAUACACGCGGGUAUCUUCUUGCGGCAGUGGUCCCUGAUCCACUACACCGGGUCUGGAGAAGGGGUUUCAGCUCCAGAGCAUUUAUUGGGAGUCGACGAAUAUCAGGAGCCGCGAUGUUCCUCCUUCAGGCCCUGUGGUUGGUCUGGGCGCUUCUAGGAGUGGCUGGAGCUUGCCCGGAGCCGUGCGCCUGCGUGGACAAGUACGCUCACCAGUUCGCGGACUGCGCUUACAAGGAGUUGCGCGAGGUGCCCGAAGGACUGCCUGCCAACGUGACCACGCUUAGUCUAUCUGCUAACAAGAUCUCGGUGCUACGGCGCGGGGCCUUUGCGGAUGUCACGCAGGUCACGUCGCUGUGGCUGGCGCACAAUGAGGUGCGCACCGUGGAGCCAGGCGCACUGGCCGUGCUGAGUCAGCUCAAGAACCUUGACCUGAGCCACAACUUCAUAUCCAACUUUCCGUGGAGCGACCUGCGCAACCUGAGCGCGCUGCAGCUGCUCAAAAUGAACCACAACCGCCUGGGCUCUCUGCCCCGGGACGCACUCGGUGCGCUACCCGACCUGCGUUCCCUACGUAUCAACAACAACCGGCUGCGUACGUUGGCGCCCGGCACCUUCGACGCGCUCAGCGCGCUGUCACACCUGCAACUCUAUCACAAUCCUUUCCACUGCGGCUGCGGCCUUGUGUGGCUGCAGGCCUGGGCCGCGAGCACCCGGGUGUCCUUACCCGAGCCCGACUCCAUUGCCUGUGCCUCGCCUCCCGCGCUGCAGGGGGUGCCGGUGCACCGCCUGCCCGCCCUGCCCUGUGCACCCCCCAGCGUGCGUCUGAGUGCUGAGCCGCCGCUUGAGGCACCAGGCACCCCACUGCGAGCCGGACUGGCGUUCUUGUUACACUGCACCGCGGACGGCCACCCCACGCCUCGCCUGCAGUGGCAACUUCAGAUCCCCGGUGGCACCGUAGUCUUAGAGCCGCCGGUUCAGAGAGAGGAGGACGACGGGGUUGGGGUGGAGGAAGGAGAGGGAGAAGGAGACGGGGACGUACUGACGCAGACCCAAGCCCCAACCCCAACACCGGCACCCGCUUGGCCGGCGCCCCCAGCCACCCCGCGCUUCCUGGCCCUCGUAAACGGCUCCCUGUUGGUGCCCCUCCUGAGUGCCAAGGAGGCGGGCGUCUACACUUGCCGUGCACACAAUGAGCUGGGCACUAACUCUACGUCAGUACGCGUGGCGGUGGCGGCAACCGGGCCCCCAAAACACGCGCCUGGCGCCGGGGGAGAACCCGACGGGCAGGCCCCAACCUCUGAGCGCAAGUCCACAGCCAAGGCCCGGGGCAACAGCGUCCUGCCUUCCAAACCCGAAGGCAAAAUCAAAGGCCAAGGCUUGGCGAAGGUCAGCGUUCUCGGGGAGACCGAGACAGAGCCGGAGGAGGACACAGGUGAGGGAGAGGAGAUCGAAGACCAGAUCCUCGCGGACCCGGCGGAGGAGCAGCGCUGUGGCAACGGGGACCCCUCUCGGUACGUUUCUAACCACGCGUUCAACCAGAGCGCAGAGCUCAAGCCGCACGUCUUCGAGCUGGGCGUCAUCGCGCUGGAUGUGGCGGAGCGCGAGGCGCGGGUGCAGUUGACGCCGCUGGCUGCGCGCUGGGGCCCUGGGCCCGGCGGGACUGGGGGAGUACGGCGACCUGGGCGGCGACCCCUGCGCCUACUCUAUCUGUGUCCAGCGGGGGGCGGCGCGGCAGUGCAGUGGUCCCGCGUGGAGGAAGGCGUCAACGCCUACUGGUUCCGCGGCCUGCGGCCCGGUACCAACUACUCCGUGUGCCUGGCGCUGGCGGGCGAAGCCUGCCACGUGCAAGUGGUGUUUUCCACCAAGAAGGAGCUGCCCUCGCUGCUGGUCAUCGUGGCAGUGAGCGUAUUCCUCCUGGUGCUGGCCACAGUUCCCCUUCUGGGCGCCGCCUGCUGCCAUCUGCUGGCUAAACACCCGGGCAAGCCCUACCGUCUGAUCCUGCGGCCUCAGGCCCCCGACCCCAUGGAGAAGCGCAUUGCCGCUGACUUCGACCCGCGUGCCUCCUACCUCGAAUCCGAGAAAAGCUACCCGGCAGGCGGCGAAGCUGGCGUCGAGGAGCCAGAGGACGCGCAGGGGGAGGGCCCUGAGGAAGACGCGGAGCAGGGAGACCUGAGUGGGGACCUGCAGAGAGAGGAGAGCCUGGCGGCCUGCUCACUGGUGGAGUCCCAUUCCAAGGCCAACCAAGAGGAGUUCGAGGCGGGCUCUGAGUACAGCGAUCGGCUGCCCCUGGGAGCCGAGGCGGUCAACAUCGCCCAGGAGAUUAAUGGCAACUACAGGCAGACGGCAGGCUGAACCUCGGCCCACCGGGCCCGCCCAUUCCCGACCUCCACCAAGGGUCACCCAUUCCCGACCUCCACCUAGGGUGCCUGGGAGCAGCAGUCUAGGGCUUGGCAGGACUUCUUUCCCCCACCCUCAACCUUCACCUACUCCUCCCCCUUACUACUCCCCAACCUUGAAAUACCAGGGACUUCUAGUAGGGAGUGGGCCGAUUUCACCAGUCCCUGCUACCCACGGCUGCCAUUCUCCCUGCGGGCUGGAUCCCCCUUCCUCGCCAAGCACAGUGUCCCUCUUCCCCCAUGUAAGACACCACCCGCAGACGAUGGGGCGAUAUCUAUGCCCCUCCAUUCCCAUCGCGAUUAUCUGCGAAAUCUGCCCGGAAGCCAUCACAGGCUCUGGAGCCAGAGAAAAAGAGCGAAGACCUUGGAAACCUCGUGGUAACGCCGUGGUUCUGGGGCCAGACGGGGCCAGUCGAGUGCAGUGGGGUCCCGCCUCGACGUCGACUCCCUCCCUCCCUCCCUCCCUCCCUUCUUUCCUUCCUUCCUCCUCCUCCUCCUCCUCCUCCUCCUCCUCCUCCUCCUCCUCCUCCUCCUUCCUCUCUCUCUCUCUCCUUUUUUCUUUCCUUUUGACGGAAGGCUGGAGUGCAGUGACGGUGAUCUCGGCUCACUGCAACCUCCGCCUCCCGGGUUCAUGCGAUUCUCCUGCCUCAGCCUCCCGAGUAGCUGAGAUUACAGGCGCCCGCCACCACGCCCAGCUAAUUUUUUGUAUUUUUAGUAGAGACAGGAUUUCGGCAUGUUGGCCAGGAUGAUCUGGAUCUCUUGACCUCGUGAUCUGCCCACCUCCGCCUCUCAAAGUUCUGGGAUUACAAACGUGAGCCUCGGCGCCCGGCCCCUCCUCCCUUUCAAUCCCUACUCCCAGAAGUCAGGAUUCACCGCAACCUCUAGUUUUUAGUUCCAAAUGCCCCUCCCCGCGGGGAAUCAAAACCUCCGUCCUCCCACCCCCACCCCACUUCUGGCCUGUUGGGAGUCCAGCCCGGUGCCUGGGGCGCCGUUCAGCUCCGCGCUCAGAUUUUCCUAUUUUCGUUGUUUUCAAAAACAGAGACAUUUCGGGUCUGGUGCUAGCACCCCCUUCCCAGGCUUUGGGAAAAUCCGGUGUGUGUGUCGCGGGGUGGGGAGGGAAUGCGUUUUCUGUCAUCUUUCUCCUAACUUCAAGCGCCGCAGGACCGCGCGCCCCUUGGCGGCGAAGCGCGCGGACUUGGUCCCGGGCCAAUUUCGUUGUCCGUGUGUUGGGCUUUCCGGAGGUCCAUGCGCCAGACAGCGCAGCUCCCACGGCUCCACCCGCCCAGAACCUAGCUAGAAAGCACCGGGAGCGGGGGAAGCUGACUGCGGCCUCCCGUGCCGCCGCUGUCGUGGGUGGGGGGAUAGCUCGCGCCCUAGUUCGCACAAAGCCUGCGCGUGACUCUGCGGUUGGAUCCUGAUCGAGCCCAGCCCCUCCGUCCUCGCGUCUCGGUCCUCGCCCCGCCCCGCCCCACCCUCCCCUGCUUCGGCGGGAAUCGUAUUUGCCCGGCGUGUAGUCCUAGACAAGCGUGCCCUGUAGGAGAAAAGUCAGUGUUUUGUAAAGUGUGACCGUGUCAUGUAGGGGGGCGGGCGGUGGGGCAGAUGGGAGGGGAGGGAGGGAAGGGGAGGGGCGCGGCGCGACGACUUGGGGCGAGGUUCUUUUUCCAUUUUGAAAGAAAGCGUGGGGGUUGGGGCGGGGGGAGUUUCAGUCCUCGGAACCGGCCCUCUCCGCGCAGCGCAGCACAAGCGCGGGCCUGGGGCGGAGUAGCCUCCCGGAGCCCGUGCCCUUUUCUAAACGCGUCUGUAUGUAAACAGUCAAUAAAACAAUCGAUUUGAA